AUUCAUUUUUCGGUCAGUACGGUACCUCAGGUUGUGUCGUCGAGUUUUGUAAUUUGUUUGUUAUUUAUUAGUUUAUAUAUGUCAAUAGGCUAUAAAUAGUUCUUAAAAAAUCAAAUACGUAUGCUUUACGAUGACAAUACAGAUGAUGAAGAAAAUAAACAAGAAAAUUCCUGGAAUUUUACCGCCUCCUCCAAAGUCUGAAAUCGACGGUAAAAUUACUAAUUUGUCAUCAAAAUCUGUCUCAGAACUUCUGGAGCUUAAAGACAGACAAGUUAAACUGUUAAAUAAUAAGCCAUUUAUAUCAAAACUACCAGAUAAGGGUGCCAAAAUACAAAGUUUCCACGACAAAAUUGUGCAGGUGUUGCAGGAUAAACAAGAAGAAGAAAGGACAUGUAGAUUGUUUGAUAAACUAAAACUCAAUGGUGUGGAUAAACAGUCUGUUCAAAAUGUUGAAUGGGAAGGUAAAAUUAGGGAUAAAAAAGAAGAUAUUUACCUAGAUUCAGAUGAUGACAGCGAACCAGAGGAUGUCAUACAUAUACUCACUCAAAGUACUGCACAGGAAAAGAUAAUAAAAGUACUACAACCUGAAAAACCUCUUAUAACUCCAGAGGACUUAAUAAAUAUUGGUGAAAUACCACAUGUAAAGUAUUUAGUAGAUAAAACUGAAAUAAACCCGAAGCUUAAAACUACUGGUCAAUUUAAACCAUUCAAAACGACAAGGUCUGAUGUUCAUAAUCCUGAGAAAGAAAUAUUGAGGAAAAAGCAUAAAAACUGGGAAGUGACUGCUGCAACACCACCACCAAUAGUUCAUGGCCCAGCUAAAAUCCUGAGUUUAGAGGAGUCUCUGAAAUUGCAACAAGAACAUAAUAUUCAUUUGAAAGAGAUAGAAGCUCAGCAUGCUGCAGAGAAAUUAUUGGCCCGUUCCGGUGUUAAAAUGGCUAGCUUGCCACAGGACACAUCUAAGUUUGGCUCAUACAGAGAAACACAUAGCGAUGAUGACUCAGAAGCAUCAGAUCCUGAAGGAAGCGACAAAGAAGUACAUGAUGAAGAACCUGAGAGAGGAGGAGUGGUGUUUACUGUCAUGAAAUAACUAGUUUCAAUAAAAAAUAACUGGAAAUUAGUUAAGUAUAAGAAACUGUUUCAGACUAUUAUAAAAAACGUGAUUGAAAUUGUUAUUUAAAAAUAUAUUUUAUACUUGAAUU